ACAAAGGCCUAUAUAUGACUUACAGUUUCUACAAUUGAUUGACCCCGUUUAAACUGUUACAAUUUCAACCAUGGCAUCUCUGAAAGGGCCAGGAGCUACUUUAGGCUUUGACGGCUCGGGGCUUCGAAUUGCAAUUGUUCAUGCGAGGUGGAAUAUGGGCAUAAUUGGUCCUCUUGUGGAAGGGGCAAGAAAGAGCCUUCUAGCAGCUGGUGUAGCUGAGGACCAUAUCACAACCCUUACUGUCCCUGGCAGCUAUGAGUUACCAUAUGCCGCUCAGCGACUCUACGCAGCUUCUCAGCUGCAAGCAGCCAAGAGCUCGUCCUCCGGUGAGGGGAUCAGUGCCACGGAUUUGCUCUCUUCCUCUACCGCAGACAUUAGCAAAGCGUCCCCGCAAUCCCCAGCAUCUGCUACCUCUAGGCCGUUUGAUGCCAUUAUCACCAUAGGCGUUCUUAUCAAGGGAGAGACCAUGCAUUUUGAGUACAUCGCAGAUGCUGUGUCUCACGGAUUGAUGCGUGUUCAAUUAGAUUCGGGCGUGCCUGUCAUUUUUGGGGUGCUCACCGUUUUGACUGAAGAACAGGGCUUGGAAAGGGCUGGGCUAGGGAAGAAGGGAAUGCAUAAUCAUGGAGAAGAUUGGGGUAAUGCUGCUGUGGAGCUUGGAGCAAGAAGAAGAGAAUGGGCUGAGGGUAGAAUUGCUUAGGUCUGUUUCGAAAACUUUCAAGGAAUUGAUUAUUAGGAUCUGAAGACACUUGUAAGUUAGUAAUUUAGUAGCAGGCCCUCAUGGUCAGAGGUAUAGGACUUCAUGUAUGCGCAACAUUAUGCUGG